AUGACUUCUUACACUAACAACGGUCCAAAGCUUGAUAAUGCAAAUUACGAAGGAUUCGGUGAGUUUUUGAUUUAUUCAUUUGUAAAUAGUUGGGUAGUGAUUAAUGCUUCCCGUUGCGCAAUAGAUCAUGUCAAGUUUUGGGUCGGGAACGCUAAACAAGCCGCUUCAUAUUAUUGUACACGAUUGGGCUUCAAGCACGUCGGUUACCAAGGGCUCGAAAAUGGAUCUCGAGAAGUCGUUUCUCACGCCGUUCGACAAGGCGACAUCACAUUUGUUUUCCAAUCCCCACUAAAUCCCAACAAUAAAGUAAUGGGUUAUCAGCUAAAUCUCCAUGGUGAUGGUGUUAGAGAUGUUGCCUUCACCGUGGAUGAUGUUCGAAGCCUCUACAAAAAUAUUAUAGCGAGAGGUGGAAAAUCCAUUCGAGAACCAUGGGAAGAAAAAGAUGAAAACGGAGUAGUAAUAAUGGCUACAAUCGGUACCUAUGGUGAUACUGUACACACUCUUGUAGAAAGAAGUCACUAUCGUGGCGAGUUUCUUCCGAAUUUCAAGCC